AUGUUCGCUAAGCGUGGACGCUUCGAAUGCCAAGGCGUCAUCUCGCUCUUCAAGAACGAGAGGCGGUCUUUCUGCGAGGUAGCUCAGUUCAUCAAGAAGGAGUUCGACAAGGCCUUCCAGGGUGCCUGGCACGUCUUUGUCGGCAAGCACUUUGGCGCGUGGGUCACAUACGAGGCACACAAGCUGGUGUACUUCCAUAUUGGGCAGGCAGGCUUCCUCAUCUACAAGCAUGGCUGA